AUGAGUGGCCCGGGAGAAAACCGCUGGCGGCGGCAGGGUCAAGCCAACCGCAACUCCAACUCGGGCGCAAACACCCCCACCAAGGACAAUGCAGGCCGGCAGCAGGCUAUGCCAGCGCCCACGGGGAACGUAUGGGGAGCCAAGCAGGGGAAAGGACCAGGCCCCGCGGCUGCAUCAGCUCAAGCGCAGCCCGACCAGCACGUACCCGUGAAGGAGUUCAAUGCGAACGAGGUCAGGGACUUCCUCAAGAAGAAAUACCUUGAGAGCACAGCCAGUAUGAACCUCUCCAUCACCCGCGCGCAUGUCCAGAGGACUAACAUGCAUUCAGACCAACCCUCGGUAUACCACAAGGUCCCCGGCGACUCCGUUCCGACCCGAAGCACUGGCGCAUGGGGCAAAGGAGGCACCAUGACACACCUUAUGCCGACCGGCCAGGACUUCUUCACGCAGCUGAAGAAGCAGAUCGCCAGUCUCGAGCAGACCAAACCCGCGCAAUAA